AUGCACCGGAAGGGGAGCAGCAGCGGCGGCCGGCGUGGUCAAGACGACGGCGCGGACUCGGGGGCCGAGACAGGCGGGUCAGAGUACAGCCAUGUGUCAUCUUCUAGCUGUGAGCUUUCUGUGUGGAAUGUACGGGACCCUUUUCUUGUUAGCGCACACAUAAUUGCAGAUCCAGAAGAAUCAUCUGCCCUCCAGCAAGCUAUUGAUAAUCUGUUGUCGUGGAUCCACCCAGAUCUCCAGCUGUUCCCGGUCGCAGAAAGGCGAGUGCCGAGGAAGCCUAGGAAACACGAUAAGGUUGUCGAUUCUCAGCCGGCCCUUGCGGUAAUUCUCUUUCUUCAAGAAGAGGAAGAUGAAGAGCCAAUUGGACAGCUCCACAAGUCCUUUCAAAGGCCGCCUUGGCGUUACCACCACACAGAGCAAGUGCAUGGCAAUUUCCUCCCUUACAUGCCAGGGGGCCAGGACUUCUUCACUUUGGCAGAAGGGACUCCUUUGUGGGCCAUCCGACCAGUGCAUUAUGGGAAGGAAAUAAUACGCUUUACCAUCUACUGCAGUCACGAAAACUUUGACAACAUUAUGAAACUGUACGAAUUAAUACUGAGAAGACGGGCUUGUCAGAAAAGGGCAGACUUUUGCAUAUUUCUUAUCUAUUCUAAUGUGGACAUAAAUAUUCAGUUUUCCUUGAAAAGGCUUCCGAAAGGCCACAUCCCACGACCCACGGAUUCGGCUGUGCUGGAGUUCCGAGUGAGAGAUGUUGGGCAGCUGGUACCAUUCUUGCCCAAUUCCUGCAGCCCAAUCAGUGAAGGCAGAUGGCAAACCGAAGAUCCUGAUGGGAAUAAGAUCCUUCUCCAGCAGGCCUGGUAUAAGAAGUAUGCUAAGCAGAGUCAAUGUUUCUGGCCUUCGCCAUCAAGGAACCUUCCCGAUGUUCCACUUCGAAGUUUUGUUCCUGGCAGCAAUAGAUUAAAACACAAAAGAAUGUAUUUGGACGCGAGAAGCUGUGAUCAAAAAUCUGGCAGUGCCUGUGCCAACUCUGAUUCGUUUCAGCGAAGCAGGUCUCUUGUUUGCUUACCCACAACAAGCUCUUCCCUGAGCCCUGCAUCUUUUCAUUUUAAUAAGCCAAGCUUAUUGUUAAGCACUUUCUCUUCUGGUCGCAGGACAGGAGCCAGAAUAAACAUUGAUGACUUGGAGGGAGUUCAGGAGACGGAUGUUGAUACGGGGAUGAAACUCGCUUCCUCUGACCUGUCUGUGGUCUCUGCUUAUUCAGUUCCCAAUGGAUUCAGUAACACUUUGGAAGGAGCAACCAAGUGCCCUGUACAAGAACAUGGUGUCAAUAGAUUUAAGCAGGCUGUCACUGAUGGAACGUCCAUUUCAGCCAAGAGCAACCCCUUUGAGAUACCUUCCAGCUUCCUUCCUUGCCCUUUUGCUGGGUCUUCUAGCUCUUCUACAUCAUCUUCAGCUACUUCUUCAGGAGCUCACUUUGAGAUCAAAUAUUUAGCAAGAGGAAUGCUUGUUUCUUGUGAUGACAGCCGGACAACGGGUGGUGGGAAAUCCACUGAAGAAGAAUUCUUCAUCUGA